AUGACAAUCGACGCCAAAGAGAUUGCAUUGAAUAUCAAACAAAGCAACUUUAAGACAUGCGAUCAGUCGGGCUAUUGUCGGAGGCAAAGAAAUCAGACGCCAAAUGAAGACAAUCAGUGGCUUGUGGUCAGCGAUUCGGUCACUCAGUCAUCGGACGGCCAUUCGGUAGAGUUUCGGCUCAAGAAUAGCCAUACGGGCGUCACUUUACAGGCGCUCAUCUAUUCGCUGGUCAGCGGACACGUGAUUCGUCUCAAAGUCAAUGAAAUCAAUGGUCUUCGGCACCGGUUUGAGGCCAAGGACUCACUACUGCCCGACAUUCCCCUCUCGGCCCUCAAACUGGCCGAUCAGACGGCCGAUGGUUUUACCCUUCAUUUGGCCGACACUAAGAACAAGGCUGUGAUCACUGCGAAGCCGUUCCGAAUCGAUGUCUAUAGCGAUGAUAAGCUGGUCAUCAGUGGUAAUCAGAGGGGACUCUUCAAGUUUGAACACUACAGACCAAAGCCCGCAGAGAGCGGUGCCGAGAAUGAGGGACAACAGCCACCAGAACAGCAACAGCCGGUCGAAGAGUGCACCGAUAGCUGUUGGGAGGAGUCGUUCAAAUCGCACACCGAUACCAAACCCUACGGCCCGAUGUCUGUCGGCUGUGACUUCACGUUCGUUGACUUCGAGCACGUGUACGGCAUUCCCGAACACGCGGACAGGUUUGCCCUCAAGAAUACCAAAGGUUCGUCGGAUCCGUACCGUCUGUUCAACGUUGACAUUAAUGAGUACGAACUCGAGAACCCGAUGGCACUGUACGGCGCCUACCCUUUGAUGGUCGCCCACUCGACCUCCCGAACGGUGGGUCUCCUGUGGCUGAACCCGUCGGAGACGUGGAUCGACAUCGAAUCGGCCAACACUGGCUUCUCGGGUCUCAUCUCGAAUCUGGUGUCCGGAGAGUCGAAGAAUAAGUUAACGCAUUGGUUCAGUGAGACCGGUGUUGUCGAUGUCUUUUUCCUAUUGGGGCCCAAAUCCAGUGAUGUUAUGGAACAGAACGCCAAACUCACCGGCACUACACAACUGCCCCCUCUUUACUCCAUUGGUUACCAUCAGUGCCGUUGGAAUUACUGGUCACAAGCCGAAGUGAGUGAAGUGGACAGCGCGGCCGACGACCACGACAUCCCAGUGGACGCCAUAUGGUUGGACAUCGAGUACACUGAGUCCAAGUCCAAGAAGUACUUCACUUGGGAUCCGCACACGUUCUCCGACCCCAAGUCAUUGGUGUCUAACCUGACGUCAAAGGGUCGCCGAUUGAUCACUAUAAUUGAUCCGCACAUUAAGAAAGACACGGGUUAUCACAUCUACACCGAAGGCACCAAAAAUAGCUAUUUUAUGAAGAAUAACAAAGACGAAGACUUUGAUGGGUGGUGUUGGCCGGGGAGCUCGAUGUGGGUGGACUACCUGAACCCGGAAGCGGCCAAAUGGUGGGGCGAUAAGUUCAAUCCGUCACACUUUCCCGGUUUCGAUGGAUUGGUCGACAUCUGGAACGACAUGAACGAGCCGUCGGUCUUCAGCGGUCCGGAGAUAUCGGCGCCGAGAGAUAAUAAACAUUUCGGUGGUGUAGAGCACAGGGAUGUGCACAAUAUGUACGGCUUUCUGAUGACGAAAGCGACGUACACUGGGCUGAAGGAGCACCGGCCGAAUCAGCGGCCAUUCAUACUCACGCGUUCAUUCUUUGUGGGGUCGCAGCGGUACUGCGCCGCCUGGACGGGCGAUAACAUGAGUAAAUGGGAACACUUGCGGAUCACAAUACCGAUGCUGUUGUCGCACUCGAUCGCCGGCAUUACGUUCAUCGGCGCCGACAUUCCCGGCUUCUUCUUCAACCCGGAGUCCGAAGAGCUGGUCGUCCGCUGGUAUCAGACGUCAGUGUUUCACCCGUUCUUCAGAGGACACGCCCAUCUCGACACCAAACGCCGCGAGCCCUGGACUUUCUCCGAGCCCACAAAACUGGCCAUUCGUGACGUAUUCCGUAUGCGUUACCAGUAUUUGCCGCUUAUGUAUAAACUCUUCUACGAGAACGAGAGGUCAGGAAUGCCUCCAAUGAGACCGCUUUGGAUGACUUUCCCCGAAGACGUCAAGACGUUCGCCACGGAUGACGCCUAUAUGUUGGGCGACGCACUGCUCGUCCAUCCCAUCCAAACCGAGGGCCAGACCUCUAUUGAGGUCUACUUCCCGACGAGUGGCAGCACGUCUUGGAUCGACGUGAAGAACCAUCACGUGUACGGCGGCGGACAUUCCCAUAGCAUUCAGGCCGACAUCAAUACCAUACCUGUGUUCCAACGCAGCGGUACUGUUGUGCCCAAGAGGGAACGGAUGCGACGGAGCGCUCAGUUGACAGUCGAGGACCCGAUAUCGCUGGACAUAUUCCUCGACAGCAACGGAUCAGCUGAGGGACAGCUAUAUCUGGACGACGGACAGACAUUCAACUAUAAGUCCGGACAACAUAUUUACGGCAAAACACAGUUCCAGAGGAAGACGUUGUCGUAUGAGAUAAUUGAUGGCAAAUACGACGCGUCGAAGGCAUGGCUCGAAAGAGUCACUAUUUUUGGGUAUCCGUCGAAACCCCAGAAAGUGGUCAUCACUUCGGGAGAGAAGACAAUUCAAUUGGCCUUCAAAUAUGACUCACAAAAGCGUAUACUUGUUGUCCGCAAACCCGGACUCGCAUUCACUAACAAAUGGCAGAUUAAAGUCACCUAAAAUUAGAUCCAAUUCUUUGUCCCAUUAAUUAAGUUCAUUAAUAGAUUGUUUU